UCCAGUACUUUAUUGUAACAUGUUCAUGUCUUUUUUUAGAUUAAUAACAAAAAUUAGUUUGAAUCUGCUCGGGUGUGCUUAUAUAUUUAAAGAUAAAACAUUUAUCAGAUCAUUCCGCGCCCACUCAAGCAUUUCUGCCUACGCCCAUGACCUCUUCUUGGUCGCGUUAUAAACAAACGCCUUCGAGUCUUGCUCUUAAUUUAAAAUGGAAACUUGCGGACUUAUUUGUGUAAGCGGGGACUACGAGAAGUUCCUGAUGCGCUGCUCCCACUGCCCCACGGAUGUGGAGGUGGCCCAGUGGCAGGAGUUCGUGCUGCACAUCCGGAAUAUGCACAGCAAUGUGAGGCCCGUUGAAGACGAGAUCAGCAAAAGUGAAAGAGCUGAGGCUGAAGAAGGUGAUGUGGAAUUUGUGAAGUUGAAGCCAGCAGAGGAACCCCUAACGGAAGAAGAUGAUGAAAUGAAUGACCAGGAAAAGGAAUCGGAGGACGAGGAGGACGUCAAUGAGGCAGUUGAAGGAGAGGAGGUUGGUUCAUCGAUGGACGCGACAGAGGAGUCUAAUCCUUCAGAGGCCACUGAUUACGAGGAAUCCGACGAGGAGGAGGAACCUAGAAAAUGUCCUUACAAAAAGGAGAAUGGACCCGUAUAUAAGUUCAAUCCAUCCUUCUUUCGGCUGGAUCCCCGAACGCAGAAGUUCAUAGAGAUCUACAAAGGACACCCAUGCCUCUGGGAUACCGCCCAUAGCGAGUACAAGGAACCCAGGAAAUGCAAGGAAGCUUUGAAGCAGAUAAUUGCUGAUUUGGAGUCGACGGUGGCUAUAUUCUUUAACGAGAUUUCCCUGAAAAUGGCCAUCAAGAAGAUACACGUGCAGUUCCAAACCGUUCACAAGCGAGUGCUAUCUGGAAAACAAAAACCUCACUCGUUGCCCUUCAAGAUUUACACUUUAUGCAGCUUCCUGAAGGAUAGCAUGGAGGAGGAGGCGGAGGCCAACCGAACUGAAAAGAUCAAGCUGGAUUUCUCCGAGAAAAACAAGCUGACCACUGACCUGAUAGAGAAGUAUGCCAAUUUUCCCCAGCUGUAUGACUCCACGCACAAGGAUUUCUCCAACAUGAGCUCUCGAAAACAGGCCUACGAGAGCAUGGCCUCGGAGAUCUCAGUGCCCAAUGAGGACAUCAACAGCGAUGACAUCCUUCGCGCCAUCCAGACUCUACGCCAGUGGUACUACAGGACCACCAAGCAUCCCAUUAAUGCUGGAGGCGGGGCCGAGACAUUCUACCUGGAGAUGUGCCGGUUCAUGCCUCCCAAGAUGUUCAAGCAGCGGUUGGUCUGCGAGCAUUGCAACCAGGCCACGUCCUCGGAUUACGUCCUGCAGGCACACAUCUUCAAGGAGCACAACAUCGGCGAGUUGCCGUUCAAGUGCUCGCUGUGCGACCGAAGUUUUGCCGGACGUGCCGAAUUGACGACUCACGUUCAAAGGGUCCACAUCGGCAAGACCCGCCAAUGCACCUACUGCGAGAUGACGUUUUCGGUUAUUUCGGACCUGCGACUGCACAUCCGCACGCAUACGGGUCACAAGCCGUACAUCUGCGAGCACUGCGGCAAGGCAUUCCGGCUGAGGUCCCAAAUGACGCUUCAUGUCACGGCCAUUCACAAAAAGCUGCGGGCUUUCAAGUGCACGAUGUGCCCCAAGGACUUUGUGAAAAAGGUGCACCUUACAGACCACAUCAAGGGCCAUCUUAACAUUCGCGACAAAAUCUGCAGCAUGUGCGGCAAGGGUUUCACCAGCUGUCAUUCCCUGAUUCGCCAUCGGCAGAUCCAUUCGGAGGUGAAGAAGUUCGUCUGCAAGGUCUGCGACGCCAGAUUCUCGCAGUUUGUAGGUCUCAAUAGCCACAUGAAGCGCACCCACAACAUUGUCCGCAACAAUGCACAAAAGGCAAAAGAGGAAGGGGAAUCGGACCACUAACGUCGGUUAAAAAAAGUAUUUGGCAAGGGUAACAUAGGAUUUGUACGCAGUUUGAAAGCUUCAUUUUUAGAUACUUUCCAAAAGGCGAAGCUGCAUAAAUGUAGCUUUUCUAAAAAUGUAACUUGAAUUUUUAUUUAACGUGGUAUAUGGUAGACAACGGUAGAUUCAUUAAAUUCUUAUUUCUUUA